AAAAUCCGUUUUGAUUGGGAAUCCAAACAGCCCCUUAGUGACCUCCUCUCUCUUCUUUAUAGAGGUGGGGGAGGGAGGAACACAGUUGUAACGAAACUCAAAAAACUAUAAACCAUCCCGCUUCUCAGACCCCUUGAAAUUCCCCUCACAUUAAACAGACCCUUUGCUCUUCUGCGUUUUGGGUCCCUGGGAUUUCAGCCAUGACCGAGUUUCCUCCGAAUGUUGACGACGCUCGACUGUGGCUUCCCUCUGAUACUUUCUUCAACGACGUCGUCGUCCCGUCUGAAUUUAGCCCCCACCAGAGUCCGUUUUCCUCCAUGGACGACCUCUCUCGUCACCUCGCCGCUCUCACUUUACUCAAACAGCGUCGCAGCCUACGCCUUCAGCGGUUCAGACCGCCGGUUCCGACCGGUCAGCUUGAUUAUCAGUCCCAGUGUUAUCUCACUGGCUUCUCCAGGACUGAGCUCUGUCACCACUACCCGUUCCCGAACCCGGUUCAGCUUCAGAUUGGUGAUGGUAGCUUUCUGGAACCUAGAGCUCGGGCUUUGAGGAGGCAUCAUAACCAAGCCCAAAUCCGAAACCAAAACCGCCUUUUCCAAUUUCAGGGAAAUGGGAUUGGCCCAAUGGGUGGUGGUUUUGAGAGGGUUUCCGGAGGCACCGGUGUUUUUCACCCCCGGGUUUUGGAUUCCACCAAAACCACCAGGAGUCCUGAGGUCAAAAAGAAACCUGGGUUGAGAAGUAGGCAAGAGAUUAGAGGCAUUCAACAAAGGAACUCUAUGAAUAAAUGCGUUGGUAUGGGCGAAGAGCAUCACCAGCUUCGUCCUGAUGUUGUUUUACCUCAAGAGUGGACUUACUGAGCUCAAUUGGUACCCUUUUCUCAUGCAAAGUAGUCUUGUAGUUUCUUUGAUAGAAUAAAGUUCCAUCAAACUAGAAUAGAAGGUCGAAUAUCUGUUGGGCUUUGUGCAGCAGGAUUAAAGAUGUGUAAAGGGGUAGCGAGUUGUUCCUCUUUCUCUCCUUUUGUGUGCCAGGGAUGUUGUAAAAAUAAAUAAAUUAGGUAGAAACUCUUGUGUUAGGAA